AACAAGGUUGCUCUAUAUCCAUCAUAAACUAUGACUCAGAUAAUGGAAGGAACUUUUUCAGUCAGAAAGAGUCGCAGGAAGUUGAAGUUAUAUGAGUGCUCUGCAAUAAUUGGAGCUAUCUAUAAAAAUCGUCAUUGGACUCUUGUGAUUGUUGAUCCUUUGAAGGGUGUCAUACAUUACUUUAAUCCCCUGAAAGAGACCAGAAUACAACUUGAAGAAAUAAAGAGAAACUGGUGUUUGUACACCAGUGAGAGGAUGCUUACAUACAAUGAAGUGGAGACAAGGAAUUGGGCUGUUCUCACAAGAGAACACUCUAAACAGACAGACAGUUUCAAUCGUGGCAUGUAUUGUUUGAUAUUUGCUGAACAGUAUUUCAACCAGCAACCCAUUGACAAUGUUUCAAAUGCAGACCUAAAGAGAGCAAGAGAAAAAAUAGCAAGUUCUCUAAUGAUGUACAAUGUUAACAGCACAGACCGCUGUCCUUGUUGUGGAUUUUUGACAUAUGCAGAAGAAACACGUGUUUACAACCGAGUGUUUACAACUAUCGCCAACAGCACAGGUGGCCACCUGAAGGCUAACAAUAGAGGAGUACAUGUUAUACUACUCAAAGAAAUAACAUGA